GCCCGGUCACGUGACCCGACAGUGGCGUUAUAAACAGUGUUUACUCAGAGUUGCAGAAAUAAACUACUGCAAAGCUUUAAUACCGAGAUAAAUCAUAUUAUUGUUAACGCUCAUAGGAUUUACAUAUACGUGUUACUUUAGCUGCGCUUUAAAACUGAGGGUUUGUGUUGGUUUUUGGACGGAAGGAGCAGAAGCGCCGCGUUUCAGCGUUGAUGUGAAUUCAGUGUUUUUAUUACCGAGAGUUCAGCACGUGGCUUUUCUGAAUAAAUCACUGCAUCAGUGUGUUUGUGUAAACACGCUUUAAAUCAGCAGUUAAAUGGCGGCGGAGGUGGAGGCGGGGAACUGCGUAACUCAGCGCGACGGUGUGUUCUCAGUGGUGGCAGUGCUGGAUGAGGAGGCGGAGUCAGUGUAUGAUGAAGAACUGAUUGACAGCGAGGUAAAUGGGAACUGGACUCCACAGGAAAAGGCUCUUCAUGAGGCCCGGCUCAAAGCAAAAGCUAAACGUCGCCUUAGGAAGUCAUCGUCAUCACGUGACUCCACCCGCGAUUCUUUGUCAGAGUGUGUGAGUGGGGACGUGCCUGACCCUCACAGCCCUAAAGGAAAAACGCAAACACACGACAGGAAGUCCCGCAUGGGGAAAGGACGAGGACUGCCCAAGAAAGGUGGAGCAGGGGGGAAGGGUGUAUGGGGAGCUGCUGGUUUGGUGUACGAGAUGGAGGAACCAGAUUGUAGAGAUCCGAAUUAUGAUGAGUCUGCACAGGGGGACACGGUAUAUGCCACAGUGGUUCCUGAACUGGAGGAAGGAGAGCUGGAGAAGGUCAUGAACCCCAUCAUACAGGAGUACUUUGAACAUGGAGACACUAAAGAGGUGGAGAUGCUCCUGAAGAACCUGAACCUGGGACCCCGUCAGUGUGUGUUCCCGUCUCUGGCUGUGUGUUUGUCUCUGGAGUGCAAAGCCAGUCAGCGUGAGCUCACAUCCCGCCUGUUCUCUGAUCUUAUUGCAAAACAAGUCCUUAAUGAGGGCGACAUGACAACUGCCUUCAACCACACGCUCACACAGCUGCCUGAGCUCAUCCUGGAUACACCUGAAGCCCCCCAGAUGCUGGGUCAGUUUAUUGCCCGAGCCAUUGCUGACCAUGCCCUGCCCAUGGAGUUCCUGGACCAGUACAGAGGAAAAGUUGACUGUGAGAAUGCUCGGGCGGCUCUGGACCGAGCAGCAGUCUUGCUGUCAAUGAAGAGGGGGAUUGUCCGAUUGGAUAACGUGUGGGGAGUGGGUGGUGGCCAGAGACCUGUCAAGCUGCUUAUCAAAGAGAUGAAUCUGCUUUUAAAAGAGUACCUAGUCUCAGGCGACCUGGUGGAGGCAGAUCAUUGCCUACGUGACCUUGAGGUUCCACACUUCCACCAUGAGCUGGUUUAUGAGGCUGUGUUGAUGGUGUUGGAGUCUAAUGGAGAUGCAGCGAUUCAGUCGAUGGUUAAACUGCUGCAGUCAUUUUGGAAGACUGGACUCAUCACACUGGACCAGAUGAACCGGGGCUUCCAGCGUGUGUAUGAUGAACUCCCGGAGAUCAGCCUGGAUGUUCCUCAUGCUCACUCCAUCAUGGAGACGUUUGUGGAUGUUUGUCAUCAGCAGUCCGUCAUCACCAAGCAGCUCAGAGACUCCUGCCCCUCCAGCAGGGGGAGAAAGCGCUUUGUGAGUGAAGGAGAUGGAGGGAUUGUUAAGAGCUGAAGAUGGACUGGAGAGAAGGAACACACCCAUAUAGUUUUAAGUGGUGAUGUAAGGAUUUUGGGCGGUGAUUAAUUUGAUCAGUUAAUUUGCAUGUAAAACAAACAUGAUAAAAAAGAUGCACAGCUGUGUUUACAUACUAAUACAGUCUCUGUUGCAUGCACACACACACACACAAUGUGUUGCAUCUGAAGUUGCAGUAAUUAUUCUGCUUUUACUCAGGCAUGUUACACUCUGUGUGUGUGCGCAGAAUGAAAGCUUUUUUUGGACUUUGCAUUAAACUCGCACAUUUUCUCACUCUGUAUAACAAAAAGAAAAAAAAUAAAGAUUGUCUGCAUUUUC